AUGAGAUCUUUAUUUCUUGAUCAACAUUCUGAUUUGAUUUCUGCUGCUAUAUUAUUAUCAAAUACGUAUGCAUCUUUGGGAUAUGAUGAACAAGUAGAAGCAAUACGAGUCAAUCGAAUAAAACGAUUUGGUAACAAUGUUAAAUUUGGAAUAUCAUGUACUGAAGUUAAUGGACAACUUGUGUGUUUUAAAGCUCAUGAUCGCUCUCGUCCUAAAUCAGCUGAAAUCUAUGCUGAACUUGAUCGUUUAUCAAAUGAGCUAAAAGAAUAUGGCCAUGAAUAUGAUUCAAGUUAG